AUGAAGACUCUGCUAGUGUUCGCCGCUUGUGUACUAUUGGCUCAGGCCUUGACGGAUGAGCAAAAAGAGAAGCUGAAGAAACACCGCUCAGAAUGUUUGGGAGAGACAAAAGUGGAAGAGCAGUUGGUCAACAAGCUCAAGAGUGGUGAUUACAAGGCCGAUAACGAGCAACUGAAGAAAUAUGCCCUCUGCAUGAUGAUCAAGUCUGAGCUGAUGACAAAGGACGGCAAAUUUAAGAAGGAUGUCGCUUUGGCUAAGGUCCCUAACCCAGCGGACAAACCAGCAGUUGAAAAGCUGAUCGACACUUGCUUAGCCAACAAGGGUAACACCCCCCACCAGACAGCAUGGAACUACGUCAAGUGCUACCAUGAGAAGGACCCUAAACAUGCCAUCUUCCUAUAA